AUGCCACAAACAUCUCAUAGCCUUUCAAAAUUCCAAUACAAUACAACAAAUGCCUGUGAUUAUUGCAAACGUUUAAAAAUUAGAUGCAAAAAGGUAGCGCUUCCCGAUCAGUCUACCAAAUGUAAUGAAUGUAUAAAACGUAAUAUUGAAUGCAUUUAUUCUGUUCAACCAAGAAGACGUCCUAUUGAACCCAAUAGAGAUUCUGAACAUAAAGAUAAUGAGUUAUUAUCCAUCACAUUAGAUAUUCUCACCUCUACCUCAUCAUUGCCAUGUCCAUAUGAAAAUAUUUCAGGCCAUCAUUGUCAUAUGGGAUGUAUUGUGAGAUAUAAAAAUACCCAUUACAACUAG